AUGUCACGCACCCCAGUAUUUACGCCUAUACACAACAACAAUACCUAGCAAGCACCUCCGCCAGCACAAUUGGCCGCCAUGAAAGAACCGCUUUUGAUUGCAUUAUUGAUCGUUUUGUCGCCUAUGCUGCAUUUGCAGCAUGCUGCAGCAGCCUCGGCCGGGUUGACAGAUCUAUCAGACCAGAUGAUUGAUGAAGGGGACUACUUUGAAGUAGAUUUGGACAAUGACGUCAACUUUCUGCUGUACACAAGCUUAAAUCCAGACGAGCCCUCGGAAAUAUAUGCUAACGAUUUGAAUGGUACUUAUUUUGAUGGUUCUAAAUGCAUAAAAAUUUUGGUCCAUGGUUUUGGAAGCAAUGGUUAUCUUGACUGGAUUAGAAACAUGACUGAUUUGUUCAUUACAAUCGAGGAUUGCAAUGUGAUUGCAGUUGACUGGGAAAAACCAGCCGCUAGUCCUCUGUACAACGUGGCAAAAGCAAACACUAAACCAGUGGGAUUCCAUCUCGGAAACCUUUUAGGAUUUCUGGAAGAGAGCUCUGGGGUGCAACUAACGAAAGUUCACUGUCUGGGUCACUCUCUUGGAGCCCAUGUUUGUGGAUUUGGGGGAAAGUUUCUUAACGGACGUGUCGGUCGCAUUACAGGACUGGACCCAGCGUUGCCUCUUUUUAGCUAUGAAAAUGUGACGGAAAGAUUAGCUUCGACUGACGCAAUCUUCGUGGACGUUAUCCAUACUUGUGGAGGCUUGCUGGGGUUCGACCUGCCUAUCGGCCAUGUGGACUUUUACCCUAACGGUGGAGUGCACAAACAACCUGGCUGCGGGUUUGAUCCAACAGCAUCUUGUAGUCACGAACGGUGUUGGGUUUUCUUCAUCGAGUCGAUCGAAUCGAGUGAAUUUCGAGCUGUUCAAUGCACAUCUUGGGAGGAUUUUCAAAUUGGAGCUUGCGGCGGGAAUACAGAGGUUCCUAUGGGCUACCCAACGCCUGAAGACACAAGAGGAUUUUUUUUCUUGCAAACAUCAGAUGUUCCGCCAUACGCUCUUGGAUAACCCUAAAUAAAUAGCACUUCUCCAAGCUAAGCCAUGCCAUUAAAGAAUAAUAAAUACUUCGAAAGAAGCUCAAAAUAAAAA